AUGGAACCCAAAUCAGCCGAAAAUCUGCACCUUCCGGCAUUGCUGCUCCGCAUCCUACUGGUCCGUGCCGGAAUUGAAGUAAAUCCCGGACCAUGGUUCUGCACGGUUUGCCAGAACCGACUGCACCACAUGUCAACACAAUUAAGGUGCAACUCUUGUUUGGGCUGGUGUCACCUUAGGAAUUGUUCCGGACUAAAUCAUGAAAGGGAGUGGUCGGAGAAUUACGUUGCCCCAUGCUGCCAGCGACGUAGUUCAUCGGCGUCUUCGGCAUCAUCGUCGUCAUCCUACGCCACACCUCCACCCUCCCCACCGCAAUCACAACAACAGCAGCAAAUACAACAACAGCAGCAGCAACAACCAUCGCCGCUCACACCAUCGAUUGCAGUCCGUAGACCUGGGGUGAUAUCCAUAUUGCAGUUCAACUGCAAUGGCCUCCAAGGGAAAAUAUCUGAGAUAACUAGAUUUGUGCGCCAACACAACAUCGUGGUCGCUGCGGUCCAGGAGACAAAACUUACGAGUAAUUCCAGUCUGCAAAGUUGCAACGGAUACAACGUUCUCCGAAAAGACCGCACCAGAGGCAACGGUGGAGGCAUCGCGUUUAUUAUACACAAUACCGUGCAGUAUAGGGCUCUUUCUCUCGAUCUGAAUUCUAGAGACCAAUAUCUUGAAGUUCAGGGUAUUGCGGUCAGAUCGGGAGAUACGGAGUUGGAGCUCUAUAAUGUCUACAUUCCGCCAGUAGCCAGUUGUCCAACAGGCUACCAUCCCGACAUUAGGACCUUACUAGAUGGUGAUACUCGUUUGGUCCUAGGGGAUUUUAACGCUCACCAUCAGCUCUGGCACUCAAGUCUUGGGGAAGACCAGAGAGGAGCGUCACUGGCGGAACAGAUUGACGAAUCCACCUUGUGCGCAAACUACACGAUCUUCCAGUCUCGGACACACCACAACUUUACACGCCAACUGAAGUUGCAGAAGCCAUCAACACAGCUAAGCCUUCAAAAGCAAUAG